ACCCCCGCCGCGAUUCCCUAACCCGGUUGGCCCGGAGGGUUUGGGGGGCCGUGCUGGCCCGGCCUCGGGCUGGCCCUCUGGCCCUCCACCCCUCCCGGCGCCUCUCACAUCCCUCCUCCUCCUCCUUCUCCCUCCUCCCCCUCCUCCUCCCGCUGCUGCCAGGGCCGCUGCUCCUGCGGGCGGACGGUGCUGACGCCAGCGGGACGGACCAAGGGCCGCAGGCCCGGCAGGCGCCCGGGAGAGCGGGCCACGGGGCUCCAGGCGGGUUCCGGUUGAUGUCCUCCUGCCCCUACCCCGGAAUCAUCGGCGAGCGAAGGCGAAAGGCAACAUGGAAGGACACAAAUGCUACUCCAGGGAGUUUUAUGACCAAUAUGCCCAAAGUCAAGACAAGUCAGUUGUGAAUAAGAUGCAACAGAAAUAUUGGAAAACGAAGCAGGCCCUUAUCAAGGCGACGGGCAAGAAGGAAGACGAGCAUGUGGUCGCCUCCGACGCAGACCUGGACGCCAAGCUGGAGCUGUUCCACUCUAUCCAGAGGACGUGCAUGGAGCUCCUCAAAGCUAUAGAACUCUACCAGAAGAGGAUUUGCUUCCUGUCCCAAGAAGAAAGCGAGCUGGGGAGGUUCCUUCGCUCCCAGGGCUCCCAGGACAAAACCCGUGCGGGGAAGAUGAUGCAGGCCACGGGGAAGGCGCUGUGCUUUUCCUCCCAGCAGAGGCUGGCCUUGCGGAGCCCUCUGUGCCGACUCUACCAGGAGGUGGAGACGUUCCGGUACCGGGCCAUUUCGGACACCUGGCUGACUGUGAACCGCAUGGAGCAGUACCGGACCGAGUACCGCGGCGCCCUGCUGUGGAUGAAGGAUGUGUCCCAGGAGCUCGAUCCGGACCUUUUUAAGCAAAUGGAGAAGUUUCGGAAGGUCCAAGCCCAAGUGCGCCACGCCAAGCUCAACUUCGACCAGCUCAAGAACGACGUCUGUCAAAAAGUGGACCUCCUUGGAGCCAGCAGGUGUAACCUCCUGUCCCACAUUCUCACAACGUAUCAGACCACCUUGCUUCACUUCUGGGAGAAAACCUCCCACACUAUGGCCGCCAUCCACGAGAGUUUCAAAGGCUACCAGCCCUACGAGUUCACUAUGCUGAAGAGCCUACAGGACCCCGUAAACAAGCUCAUCGAAAACGCAGAAAAGAAGGAAGAAGCCCAGCAGGAAAGCUCGGAGAGCGAGGAGUCCCAGCAGGCAGACUCGCUGAUAUCGCUGGACGUGGAGAACCCUGACCAGAAAUCCGCUUUCCUGACCGAGGACGGGAAGGACGGCUUCUCCACCCUGGAAGGGCAGUGCGACCACCUCCAGUGCUCCGGCAGUCGAGCCAUCGAGGAGCUGCUGGACCUGAAGCCCGCGGACACAGGCGCCUCAGAGUCCGAAGUGACCGAGAAGGACGACAUGCAGCUGCUCAACGAGAUCCUCAACGCGUCGUCCCUGGACGAGGGGGACUUCAGCAAAGAGUGGACGGCCGUCUUUGGGGAUCAGCAGACCCCCGAGCCCACGGCCACGUCGGCACCGGGAGAGCCGGAGCCCGGGCCCCCCGCGGCCUCCAGUUUCCUCCCUUCCCAGCUCCUGGACAAGAAUAUGCAUGACUUGCAGUCAUCCCUGCAAGGCUGGAGAGAGAGCCCAGGAGGCCCUCCGUCCAUCUGGAAGGCAGCCGGGACCCCUAAGCCCACGAGCCAGAGCAGCAGCUUGGCCCCUGUGAAAGAGCCCGAGAAGAACGCCCGAGAUCUGACGGCCUGGUUCAGCCUCUUCGCCGACCUGGACCCGCUGUCCAACCCCGACGCCGUCGGGAAGACGGACAAGGAGCACGAGCUGCUCAAUGCCUGAGUGCCCAGGCAGGACCGGGCGGGCCCCGCCGCCACUGCCGCCGCCGCGCGGCCAGAGCGCCUCCCGCGGGGUCGUGUCUGUGCCGUGACAAUAAAAGGGGAGGCUGAGAAGCCCCGUUUAUAUUGCUA